AUGAUUCAAAGAGUACUUGAGGAUAGGAAAAGACGGGAAGCUGAGAAAAUACGGAUCCAAGAAGAAGACUUCGCAAAAGCUCACGCCAAAGCCAUAGAAAAUAACGACACACACGCCUACGUCCCUCGAUAUUUGCCAGUAUGUCUCACGAAAAUGUCUGGAACUCGCGUCCCCGCACCUACGGCAAAGGCUCCCGCUCCUGCCGCGUCUGCACCCACAAAGCCGGCCUCAUCCGUAAAUACGGCCUCGACAUCUGCAGACAGUGCUUCCGAGAGAAAGCCUCAGAUAUCGGUUUCGUCAAGCACCGCUAGUAAACCCAAUUAA